AUGCUUGCCUCUCUCCCCCCAGAGCUCCUCUACGUGAUCUUGGACCACCUUUCACUCGACGCUCUCCUCCCUCUCCGGGUGGCCUCCAAGGUCUUCCUGCAUCUGACCAAUCCCCGAGUCUUCUCAGAAAUCUCCAUCAAUCUCUCUACUCGCGGCUUCCAUAGGAAACUCGAGCUUAUUAAAUCCAUCUCCACCUCUUCCUGUACCUUCACCUUUUGCAUAACGACGCUCAAGAUCAGGUCGCUCCACCUGGGACGCCAGUAUAGGAGAGAGCUGGAUCAAGAGUCCCUUCAAGCCUUCCUCUCAGAGCACUUGCCGAGCUCGAUAAGGAAGUUACAGAACUUAGAGACUGUCCAGCAUAUUGGUGAGCAAGAAAUCGCUCCAGCUGUAGGGGCAUCGCCAGGGUUGGCUCUGCUUCGUAUUUUCAAUGGGUGGUUCGACACAGCGGAAGAUCGUGUUUCAUUGCAAAGCGCUCUCGGGAAGGCGAGGCCGGAGUUGAUGGAGCUGGAGCUAGAGCGCGUGGCACUUCCUGUCACAGGCCUCAGAGAAACCCUCAAAGAAACCCUCUCGCGCAAGCUACAGCACCUCGCAGUAUCAACGACACCCGGUGCUCGUGAUGAUGAUUUCGCCUGGGAUACACUAUGGUCUGCUCUGAUGGAAACACACGUGAAGUUAUCGAGCCUGACUGUCGCUGGAUCAGAGAACGCUAUGGAUGAGAUGUUUGCCUACUUACUCUCAUACACUGGGCUACGGAAGCUGAAGAUCUGUGGGUUGCAGAUGGAUCAGCAAGAUCUCGAGGAAAGCACCGGCCGCAGGUUCUGGGAUCAAGUCGUUCCCCACCAUAAGAAUAGCCUAACCUUGCUUACCGUGACACCGAUCUACGAAAGUGUUUGGUGCUACGGACCUGUUGCGGAAGCAGCACUUCUGCAGUGCUCGUCGCUCCGAGACCUAACUUUAUGUGUCUGCAACGUCGAUUCCUCUUGGGCGGAAGCCAAGCUGGCUCGAGCUCGCGAAAAUAACAAAGUCGAGUUCCGUGAUUUGGAAGUUCCUGAUGGUGCUCGAGCGAAUUGCGGAGCAGCCAAAGCGGUCACGGGCCGCGAAGAUGAUAUUCUCCUCUUCGACUACGUCAUUGAUCCUGACCAGCCCUUUCCGUUUCUGACUCGUAUUGAGAAGGUACUACUUGGGAUGCGCGCUCCUGCCGAAGCGUCUAUGAAUUGGCCGCAAUUCAUGCAAUACCGCCUGUUCGUGAAAAGUCAAGAUCCGAAGGAGAACGGCAUAUGGCGCUAUCGAAUACGACGAUUUGCGCGGGAAAGCGUCAGCGAGGAUGAGAAUGACUGA